AUGUCGCGCUUUCCGCCGCCCCGCGGAGUGGGGAACUCCUCCUCGUCGGCCGCGUCACGCCUUCCGCCGCCCCGCGCAGUGGGCAAUCCGUCGUCGUCGGCGUUUUCACGCCUUCCGCCGGCCCGCGCAGUGGGCGAUCCGUCGUCGUCGGCGUUUUCACGCCUUCCGCCGCCCCGCGCAGUGGGCGAUCCGUCGUCGUCGGCGUUUUCACGCCUUCCGCCGGCCCGCGCAGUGGGCGAUCCGUCGUCGUCGGCGUUUUCACGCCUUUCGCCGCCCCGCGCAGUGGGCGAUCCGUCGUCGUCGGCGUUUUCACGCCUCCCGCCGCCCCGCACAGUGGGCGAUCCGUCGUCGUCGGCGUUUUCACGCCUUCCGCCGCCCCGCGCAGUGGGCGAUCCGUCGUCGUCGGCGUUUUCACGCCUUCCGCCGCCCCGCGCAGUGGGCGAUCCGUCGUCGUCGGCGUUUUCACGCCUUCCGCCGGCCCGCGCAGUGGGCGAUCCGUCGUCGUCGGCGUUUUCACGCCUUUCGCCGCCCCGCGCAGUGGGCGAUCCGUCGUCGUCGGCGUUUUCACGCCUCCCGCCGCCCCGCACAGUGGGCGAUCCGUCGUCGUCGGCGUUUUCACGCCUUCCGCCGCCCCGCGCAGUGGGCGAUCCGUCGUCGUCGGCGUUUUCACGCCUUCCGCCGCCCCGCGCAGUGGGCGAUCCGUCGUCGUCGGCGUUUUCGCGCCUUCCGCCGCCCCGCGCAGUGGGCAAUCCGUCGUCGUCGGCGUUGUCACGCCUUCCACCCGUCCCGCGUUGGCCUUCUGCCAGGUUCCACGGGUUGCUGAUCGUCGGCCGCCUCCACGGCUCUGACCUGACGCGCAGGUCCUCCCCGCUUUCUUCCCUUCGCACGUCCGUCGGCGUCACCGGAUCCGCGCGGGUGACGGUUAGUGACACACAGAGCCAAUCGCCCCGCUUCCACCGCUCCCUCGUCAACGCCAGUCUGCACAUCGCCAGUCUGCGCAUCGCCAGUCUGCACAUCGCCAGUCUGCACAUCGCCAGUCUGCACAUCGCCAGUCUGCACAUCGCCAGUCUGCACAUCGCCACUUUCGCCAAGGGCAGCCCGAUGAUCCCCCGCCCACCCGCUCCCCCCUCCCCUUGCCUCCCUCUCACUCACUCCACUGCAGCUGUCUCAUUCCGUCACCACUGGAGUUCUGAGUCGAUCCCUUCCCUCUCUUCCCCUCCCUGCACCCCCUGUAUCCCCCGACUCCCCCAUCCCCCCGUGGGGUCCACUCCCUCAAGAACGACUCGUUUUAAGAUGCCUUCACCAAUGAAGUUCAGAGUCAACCCUUUCGAUGAGGCCUUCACAAGUGGUGUCUUCCUAUUUGCCAAGAAGUUUCCUCGCGGCUCACCGACUCUGGAUAGGAUUGACAGGGAGCUUCCAACCCUCUUUAUCCCUCCUCUGCCUUACGUAACCCCAUUCUUCCCAUCCGUCCAUACCCUCGUCUUCCCUCACCCAUCUUCCCUUCACCCCAUCUCACCUCUUCCCAUCCUUCCAUACCCCCAUCCCCCCUCACCCACCUUCCCUAUUUCCAUCCUUCUUUACACCCAUCUUCCUGUUUCCGUUUCCCCACCCUUCCUUUUCGCACCCCCCUCCUGUGCUCGCAGGGAGCUACUGCAACGGCAGCCUGACAGCAUCACCCCUGACGCCUGGUGCUCUCUCCCUGCCUUCGCUGCCUCGGGAGCUACUGCAGCGGCAGCCCGACAGCAUCACGCCAGUCACCUGGUGCUCUCUCCCUGCCUUCAGUGUUGCAUCGCCUCCCACAUCCCACUCAUCCUCCCCUAUACCCGUCCUCCAUGCUCCCCGCCCAUCCUCCCGUUCUUGCUUGCAGGGAGCUACUGCAGCGACAGCCUGACAGCAUCACGCCAGGCUCCUGGUGCUCUCUCCCUGCCUUCAGUGAUGCAUCGCCUCCCACAUCCCACUCAUCCUCCCCUAUACCCGUCCUCCAUCCUCCCCGCCCCAUCCUCCCGUUCUUGCUUGCAGGGAGCUACUGCAGCGACAGCCUGA